AUGCAGCAGAAUCAGAUGUACCAGGAGAAAAAUUAUCAUAUUACCUGGAUUGCGUCUGUGCGCGAGGAGAUGCGAGACUUUUUGACAAUUUUUUUGGGGAAGCUGCAGAACACUGGCGUGCUCAACACGCUCCUGUUUGGAAUCUCAACAGCAUUUCUUUGUGAGGGCGAGCUGGACAGUGAGGCCCCAGAUGCACUGGUAUACGCGUACUACAGCUCUCUGAUUGUCAGCAUGCUGUACUUCGGCUGCUCCAUCCUGUUCUGCUUCAUUGGGGUAUCAAGUGCAUAUGCUGAAAGUCGAAGGUUUUUGCUCAAGUUCGUGCCCGAUGUUCACGACGCCUACAACUUCGACUACAUCGCUCAGCUCCUUGAGUGGGAGGGCAAGGGCGAGGCCUUGCGUGUCCCCUUUGCCAUGGAACCCAGCCGCUUAGCAGACAGGAGGGAGCGAAGAAACAAGGAGGCCAAGGAAGCCAAGGGCGUAUCCGCGAGGUUAGAGCCUGACGACUUCUACGAGCGCUUCGAUGGCAUGAUGAGAGACUUCAACGAGCCCACGAGGGUGGAUUACCUCCGCAAGGGUGGGACCAACACCCACUUUUGGGGCGUGAACCCAAGCAGCGCUGACUGCGAGGAGAUGGGAGAACGGCCACUGGAGGAUAGCUUCUACGAGAUUAUCGGCAGGUACAACUUGCUUUGGGAGCCCUGCUCAAUGGCAAGCCACAACUCAAUGAUGCUAGGCGUUUUCAUGCUGUGUCAAAGCUUCGCGUAUUUCCUAAUCGGACGACACAUGAGCCGAUCAAUCCCGGACCGACUGGGCAUGUAUGUGACCAUGACCGUUGUGGGGCUUGCCUUUGCAGGACGCUUCUCUCGGCUUCUGACAGUGAAGUCUGAUGUCCUCAAUGGUCAGCAAGUGGAAGAAGACUGCCUCGAUCGAGCGCACAAGCUAAAACACUGGGUUCUGAAGCUAUUGAUGCUUGUUGGACCAGCUCUGGUGAUAAGCGGCAUCUUUUUCCGAGACAGCACCUUGCUGCUACUGGGCUAUGUGACCCAUGGAACUUUCCAUGCCUACUUGGCCUUUUUUCUUGCCCGGUCUUUCCCCAGCCCACCAAAGCAUCAGGGUCUGCCGCCGCCACGGCCGGAGAAGCUGAGGCAACUGGCCCGGGGCAAGGGUUUUGGCGGCGACAAAGAGAGUGAUCCUGGGCUUGAGGCACGGGAGUCUCCAGAGCCUAUGCUUCGCCAGCUCCUCUUCCAGAGCGAGAAGAAGUCUGUACAGACCGCCGUGUUCAUGAAGAGGCUCCUCCUAAAGAGCCACAUCGUAGCUAUCCUGCCCUGGUCUUGGCUGGCCGUGGGUGCCUGGCAGUCUAUGCCGGCUCCGGCCAGCAGGGAUUCGGAGGUCGAUGCCACAGAGGUGAACUUGACCUGGUCGUCCGAUGCCUUCUUCAGUGCCCAUGCCAUGAGCUGCUCGCAGGAUGGUCGUGUCUGGCUUGCCAGUGAAGAUGGAGUGUUUCAGAUCGCAAGUGGCGCAGGCGGCGGCGCAGUGGAGAGUGUCGAUUGUCCCGACCUGCCCGUGGAUGAGAGUGUGCGGGACAUCACUGUUCGGUGUUCUGAAUCAGGCUGCUGGCCGGUAGUUCUGGGAAAGAGCAGCAGGCUCUACAGCUGCAACCCGGAGCCUGAUGAGGCCGUUAUUUCCCUCACGGGUCUCUUGGGCGUCUCUGGCGUUGCGUUCGCAAACGAGGGCUUCUACGUCCGAAAGAACGACAGAAUUCUGCACAUACCCAGCCGAAAGUCAGUGGCUCGUCCCCUCCCUGGCCUCGUUGGCUUCGACAUCCUUCCGAACGCUGAGGCAGACGAUGUCUUCCUUUUCUCAGAGGACAAGGUGGCAUCUGUCCAGCGAAGGAGUGCAACAGGCAACGAGCUGCAAACGUGGGUGUUGCCUUCAGAGCUGUCUCCCUUGCGCGCUGCUUGCGCGAUGAAUCGCACCACAGUGCUCGCUGUGGUGCAGGAUGCAAGCUCAGAAGACCACCCGCGGCUCUUUCGCUUCCAUUUAAACUAA